AUGCCGCAGAAGGGCAUUCAUGUGAUGCCCGCUGACAGCCACCCCUACCGAAGGGAAAUGAGAACGGGAAAUUGGGCCCUCUCCGAAGGCAAAUGGACGGAUACGGUAGAUAUCAGCCGAUGCUUCAACGACCAGACAACCGUUACAAAUCUAGUCGUCGAGGUCAGGGACCAGGGCACCGGGAAGAAGGGCUCCGCGCAGAUACGAGUCGGUGAUACGAUUAGCAUAAACCUGCCGAGUAAUUGGACACAGCAAUGCAAUGUUGUGAGGUUAAAGUGGUACCGCAUCCUCAACAACGGCGUAAAAUCCCGGGAAAGGGUGUUAAUGAUACCAAACGUGGACGCAACAGCCGGCAGUUCUGGGCUGAACUUUACGCUCCUAUCGCCGGCCAAUUAUUCUGCGGUGUACUCGGUGGGGCAGACGGUAGCGAUCAAGACGAAUAUCGAUUUGGACGAUGAUUCGUAUAAUUAUGUGGUGGUCUGCAACGGAAAUGAGCUAAGCCGAUCGGCAAAAGUCGAUCCGUUGACGUUCAUCACGUUCGUAGUAUCGCGUCGCAUGCUCGGGCAAUGUGUCCUCUACCUGUAUAGCGUUAGGACUCGACAAGUUGAUAUGUUGAUGUUUUUCGUUAAUGAUCAGUGCUCGGGAAUCUACACGACACCUUCAAAAUCUGAGGUCAAGCCCGGGCAAUCGAUAACGAUGACGUUGAACGGGAAGCCGAAGGGAUAUGCGAUAGUUCGGACGCUGGACGAGAAGAUUGCAAAAAUUAUGGAGGAAGAGCAAAAACCGCUGCCCAAACUCUGGGAAGGCCUUUUCUUCGCCCGGAACUACCAGGUCGAGGAACAGCUCCGCAUCUUCAACCUCAUCAAGAACAAGGCGAUCAAGGAGGCGAUCAUCCACAACUGCGCAACCGCCGGGCCAUACUUCAAAAACUCGGACCUUGGCGGGCAGUGUCCACAGGGGAAAGCCUCGACAUCGGCAGUGUCGGAUUUGUGUAUGCAGCAAAUCACGACGAAUUGUCGUUCGAACAUCACUCUGCAACGCGUCUGCGACCGGAACGCCAACUGCAGAAACAUCAAGGUUCCAGACGCCAGAAAACCGGGAAAAAUAAAGACGACAGCAGUUCUGAAAACUCGCCCACUGCCGUACAUGGACGAUUUCGAGCACGUCCCACCAAUUUUGCCCUCAGAUGAGGUGGCAUUUACCCGAUCGUACUUCCCGCAUGUUUGGAUCUUCGACUCGUUUUAUUUGGGAAACACCGGCAUGACAGCCGUGACCCGAGACGCACCUCAUUCGGUCGACAUGCCGAAAAACGUGUACGUUAACGAGUCGAUUACGGUCAAGGUGACGGCCACGGGUACGAAUUUGGACCAGGAGCAUAAGCUCUCCGUUUGCCACAGCGAUCUGCCGCGCCAGGUUUGCGCGGAUAUGGGGCAAGAAGGGACGCAUGGGCAGCCGGCGUAUUCAAGGAUUAUUUUGAACAAAGAGAAUCCGGUCGCCAUCAAGACGUUUAACAUGCGUUUCUUCAAGACCGGCGAAGUGAAGCUGACCUUUAUGCUCAGAACCGAGCUGUUCAUGCCAGGAGAAGUUAGCCGAUGCGAUAAUGGAGAGGUGUUGGACAUUAUUGAGCACAAGAUGAUGGUGGCGAAAAGAGCAGAGACCGAGGAGCACUACCGGAGGCUGAUUCUCUCCGUCGAGAAGCCAGUUAGUGCUGCUCUUAAUGACGCCCUGAACGAGUUGAGGACGGAUGAGGAGCCGAUACGACAUGUUUUUGAAAUCAACGAAUACCGACUCCCGCAUGAAAAUGCCAUGGUAGCAGAUGUAAAAUGCCACCUGCCAGACACCACGGCCGUCCACAGCGUGGCCAUCGAAAUUUCGAGAUUCCUCCCGACUACCAUAACCCAAAUCGAGUACAGCAAUGAACUACCGACGAUUGAGAGUGCCAGGAGAAAAAGAGGGAUUGUCGACUACGGUAACGCAUUUCUGAGCGACGCCGUCAAAAGGUUAUCGGUGGAGCUUUACAAAUUCAAGCUGCUCAAAACGGUGUAUCGUCAAGACGAUGCGGUGACGUCGUCGCUGGAGAAUAGCAUUGGGGCUUUAAUAGCCGACAUGCUGCGAUUUUCGGACUGUAAUGGGCAGGAAAGUUGUGGGUAUUCAGAAUAUGGACGUCCGGUGUCUCCAGUGGAUCGAUCGCCUGUAUUAACAGCAAUUUCCACCUCACUCCUCUGCGAAGCGAUGGCAGAUGAGAAUUUGGUCUGUGGCGGAUUAAGAUAUCUCCACUCAGUCAUGCUCGGAGAUUUUGCCGAAAACGAGAGCAACAAUUUCAUCAACUUCAAUGGGAUGGCCGAUAUUAAUCCCCGAGAUCGUUCCUGGUUCCUCCGUGGUCUUUUACUACAUAUUUCUUCCGAUUGCGCUGCGUACACUUGCGUAAAAAAUGAUACAGCUUGGAGUCGAUUGUACGAAUAUUUCUACGAUUUUGAAGAGGGAGAUCUUACCGAUACCAGGACCAAGGCCGCCCUAGCUUAUCUAGCUACGAAUGCUACAAACAACGUCUUGCGCCAGACCCUUAACGCGUCGAUUCGCGAGGGCGUUUUCCCAUAUUGGACGGCGGGUGAAAGAAAUGUCAACACCCCGGAUCGACUUCAAAAUGGCCAUCAAGAAUUCUUUAAUCUGAAGGGGGUAAAGAGUGGAGACGUGCUGGCAAACGCGCUAGGAAUUUUGGCAUUUGUUGGAAGGGGCGUUGUGGUGCCUUCGAUUCUUGAAUUCGACGCACUCGCCGAUUGGAUUUACGAGCAGAAGAAGGACGAUGAGACCUAUGAGAACGCUUUGGACACCUACUUCGCCUCCCGUGCCCUCUUCGAGUACCGCCUUCGAAAAGUGGCCAUCCCGCAGCUAAAUGAAAACCCGGUCCUCGAGGUCUACUCCCGGGAUAUCGGCCGUAAAGUCUAUAACGUGACCGACGUCCCACUACUUGUUUAUCUGCCAAACAAGAUCCGAAACUUCACCAUCACCACCAGGGGCUUUGGAAAGGUGAAGACAGGAAUAAGAAUACUUGCUGAUAAGCGCCAACGAAAUCGUCGUCAGUUAACUGAUUCGUUAUACCCUCUAAAAAUUACGGUGGAGCAACAGAAGCAAUCCAGGGAUAUCUUGUUGCAAACUGUUUGCAUAAGCACCUUCUCCCCGCUCAUCAGAACCUUUGAAGUUGUCCACGGCCUUUUCACAGGCUUCUCGACCUACACGGACAAAAUUCAGAUCAAUCCGGAGCACGAGCUACAAAUCCUGAACCCGCCAACCAUCUCUUCCUACGCGGUGCAUAUGGUCGUUUUUCUGAAUCAAACCCACGUACCAGCUUGCUACUCGGUCGCGCAAUUUCCGCCAAGCUACGCGCAUGAGCCCGACUCGCUGGCCCCGGUUGAGAUGAGUUGUCGACAUCCGGUGAAUGACAUCGUCGGCCAAACCCUCAUCUCGCAUCCAGAUGCCCGCAAUUUCCAACGAAAAAAGAGAAGCUCAGCGUUGGCUGUGCAUUUGCACCACAAGGCCUCUAAACGACGAACCAUACGAUCAGCCAUUGACGAGACGAUAGAGUCUGUUUGUUUCACCGGCGACCAAUGCCUAUGUACAGAGAGUACCUGCGUUGUAAACUGUAAUUCUUGCGGUCGCUCGACGCAGUUGACCGUCAAGAAGGAGCUGUGCAAGCAGGGUGCUUUUGGACUCUUUGGGGAGCUUACCGAGAAGCGACACGAAACGGUGGCUUCUGGAUCUCAGCACGUUGCAUACACUGUUUAUAAAAUGAAGGUAUUGAAGAAAUUGGUACGGGAAGAGCGGCAGCUACAAUUGAAAGAUAACGUAAUCAACGUCUGGCUUCGUGAUUGUAACAUUGGCUGCCUCAAAUCCACCGAUUUACAAAAAGGCGAAACCUAUUUCUUAAUUGGCGACAUCGCAGACGUGGCUGUCGAUAGUGAUGCGGCUGCUCACUACAUCCUCCGUCUCAACGACCACUUUGAAAAAUCGGCCGAAAAGUGCAUGCACUACCAAAACAUUUUCUGGAGCGGCCCGUUCGACUAUCGGAAAUGCGGGGCGACGAGGAGA